AUAUUCGAUCCUCCUUUGAUAGUAAUUAAAAAUCAUAAAGUUUUCAUUAGUCAAUAUUGUGAUUUAUUUUUAAACAUGAUAUGUUUUCAUCAAAAUAAUUAUGAUGAAAAGUCUUACGAAUAUUGGAAGAAAAUAACUGAUGUUUUUAUUAAAGAUAAAAUUAAAGAUGCUAAUUAUAUUAAAUAUACAAUUGAUGAAUGGCAAAAGUUAGAUAAAAAGGAAAAGACAAAGUUUAAAAUUAAAAUACUUUUAUUAAAAUAUGAUGACGAGAUUGGAACAUGGACAAAGAUAUGGGUUGAUAAUUUAUUCAGUUUACGUAAAAAUAAAUGA